UUAUUUUCAAUUUGUUUCAGUCUUACGAUUUGUUUCUGUGUCAUUAAGCCACGAAAAUAAUCAGAAAUUAUUUACAAACGAAUGAGAUGAAGAUGAACUGGGAGAGUCUGGGAUUUUUGCUUGCUUUACUUGUUGCAAUAUUUCUGUCUUCAACUGAUGCUAACAGUGUAACAUUCACACCAAUGAAUAUAACAAUUCAUGAAAAUCACAACGCCCUUUAUGAUUUGACCACCGUAACAGCCGAAUGCACAGUGGCCUGCAAUGACUGUGAGAUUACAUCAAAUCCGUCGGACCAUUUUAUAAUGAAUGGGACGGUCAUCCAGAAGAAAACGUGUAGUGACGAAUAUUGUAGUAAUUGCAUCACCGCUGGUUGUUUGACUGGUCCGGCCGAAUAUAUUGUAAAUGUCACCUGCAAAAAUAAUGCAUAUCCCGGGUCGGUCUCAAAUACAUUUGUUGUAACGGUUUCAGAAGCAAAUCCGCCAACAUUUGAAUUUUCGAAUGGAAAUUCUAUUAACGUGACGCACGAUAACAUGGGUGUUGGUUACGUCAUCAACACGAUCGUUGUGACCAAUUUAAAAGAUAAUGCUAAUGACGAUGAUCACGCAAGUUACAAUUCAAGCAUUGUUCCGGAAUCGUCUUAUGAAAUUGGAACUAAGGAUCUCUUUUCGUUGGAUACAACAACGGAUCCGGACAUAAUUGAAAUUAAAGUGAACAAAGACCUGACAAAAGAAUAUUCCUAUACAUAUACCAUGACUGUGUGUGUAUCUGAUAGGAGGAAGAGAGGAGGUUGUAAAACCCUCACAAUUAAAUUAUGGGCAUGUUUUGAAAAGCCUAAUUGUGAAAAUCAAAGUGAACUAGAUCUGCAUGACACAUAUGGAACUUUCACUAACGGACACGGCGGGGACAGCAAUACUAUCUUCGUCAUGAACUAUGGUCCACCCACUGGUCACUUUGCCUCUGAUUUUAGUGCAGUCUGGCAUAAUCUUACUUGGUCAUUGGUUGAUAACGAUAACAAGUUGCCGGAGGCAGAGAUAAAUGUCACUACAGGUGAGAUAUACAUUACAAGCAAUAUAAGUAUAUGGCCGGCCUGGCCAACAAAGGAUUUCAGGCUAAUUGUGCAAGUGUCUAACUCGGAAUCAUGCGAACCAACGACAUGUUCGUUUGAUAUACGGGUCCAUUACACUAACUGGCCGAUCCGUAUUUGCAGUUCACUGAAUUCUUCCUUGCACGAAGACACUGACGACGAAAUAGCUAUAUUUAACCUAACAACAUAUGAUUACAAUAAUCCCAAGGAAGAUAAUGUAACCUGUACGAUACAAAGUUUGACCCCAAACGAAACGAACCUAUUUGAAUUAAGGAGCGAUGGGAAUUAUGCGUAUGAUUCUUACACAGUUUAUAAACUUGAAUGUUCAACACGUAACUGCGGGUUCAAAUACCAGGAGCCAACCCCAUACUAUUGUGACACUAAUACCGGAUGUUUAACACAUAACCGUACUCAACAAUACACAAUCAGCAUAGAGUGUAAGGACGCCUAUAACUCAUCGGACACUCAAAACUUCACUUUUCAUGUACUCAAAAAUGAAGCUCCUGUGUACAGAGAUCUGCCGACUCAUAUAGACUUGAAUCGUCAGAGUGUGUCUCAUUUAGAUACUAUAUUUGAAAUAAUUUAUUCGGACAAGGAGAAUGAUUCGUUAAAGUACGAAUAUGUAUAUACAGACAUAGAGACUAAUUUGAAUACGACCUACUUUCUUGGAGACUCGAAUGGCAACACGCAUAAUAGUAUGGCAAAUAUAACAAUGACAACGUUUCUGUGGGAUAAAGUUGUCAACAAGACAUACAAGAUCCAGAUAUGUGGUCAUGAAAGAAGGAACGAAAUUUGUGAAGACCUUACUAUUGACAUCGAAGAAUACUGCAGCGAGUCUCCACAAUGCUCGGAUAGUAAUUGCGUAACAGAUACAGAGUUCCCUAAUGGUGGCGAGUUAUUCGACAUUCAACAACUCGUUAAUGGCGGAACUUUCAGCAAUUUAAGAUAUGAUAUAACAUCAAAACAUGGCAAUUUGUUUGCCGUAGAUCCAGUAACCGGAAAAGUGACAACAACAGCCAAAUUUGGGGAGAUAUUUGAUUCAGCAAAUUACUCCAUUACAGCUUUAGUUUCGAAUUCUGGUUCUUGUAGUCAUGGGCAAUGCCAGCUGACAGUUACCGUUAUAGCCAUAAAUUACGCUGUCAAUAUAACUAAUUUACCAGCUACUGUUAAUGUAUCGGAGGACCUGGCAACAGAAAGUAUUGUUUUCGUGGUAGAUGUGCAAGAUGAAAACGACAACGACCCGUUUACAUGUGAAAUUGUCAAUGCAGCCUCUGUUCUGCCAUUUUAUCUUGAAAGAAUUCCACCAAUAUCUGGAGUGUACGUGAUAAAGAACCAAGAGGAAGGCGUUUUGUCGUCUGCUACAACAACCUACUCAGUGUCAAUCGAGUGCACGGACAGUCAUGGAGGAAAUGAUACAGAUGUCCUUACAAUACACGUAACAUUGAAUCAAGCUCCUACCUUUACAAAUUUUACAAACGAAACAAAAAGUAUAUCUGCAGACCCUAUGAAUUAUAAAGUAGGUGACACGUUAUAUACAGUAGAUGCUACAGACAAUGAAGGAGACGACCUUAUCUUCACAUGUACAAUACCAAACUCGCAAGUUCCAUACAAAUGUGAAUCGGAGGCAACAUCUGUUAACUUGAAAAUCAGACGCGAUCUUCGGCUAGAUGAUGAUAAUGGUCAGAUGUACAGUGUUCAGAUUUGUCUUAGAGAUGCGAAACAUUCCAACCAAUGUAGACAUUUGGAGGUCACGUUUACACGAGAAAAGACUCGACCAGAAAUAACCAACCUUCCAGAUUCGAAAAGUUUUACGGAAGAUACUGCUGUAGGAACUACAAUUUUUGAGGCAGUUAUUUCUGAUCCAGAUGUCAAUGAAACGCAUAUUUAUUCUGUGGUGGUCGAGCCAGCAUCGGAGACGUCAAGAUUUAGUUUUGAUACCUCCAAUGGAAUAUUGACGUUGCAACAAUCUCUCGACUAUGAACGUGUCAACAGUUACUUGUUUACGUUAACCGUGAGGGAUGAGUAUCUUGAAGGUCUCGCGGAGAAAACGCUGAAAGUUGCAGUGUCCAACGUCAAUGAAGGAACGUCGAUUUCUGCAGAAACAACAACUAUCUCUUUCUAUGAGAAUAUUGGCGCAAAUACAGUAUUAUCAGAUCCAGGACUCUCGUGCAGCGAUACCGACGGUGACGUAACAUCGUACGAGAUUCUCACAGGAGUUCAAAAAGACUAUUUCAGUAUUAACAGCCGUAGUGGUUUGAUUACGUUAGUAAAAGUAUGGGAUUUAGAAAGUGCAGAUGGAUUACCAACCAGUAGUGUGCUGACAAUAGGCUGCAAGGAUCCAGGAGGUCUAAGUUCAACGGUUGAUAUUACUGUACACAUUGAAGAUGCAAAUGACAAAUCACCGAUAUUAACUGUAGUAACCGGUUCAUCGCCGAUAUCGAUAAACCAGUCAACAUGUCUGUGUACCGAUUUGAUGAGCUUUGCUGCAAGUGAUUCCGAUUUUAGUGACGACAACGAUUUUGAAUUUUCACUACUGGGCAGCGGCAUAGGCUUUAAAUAUUUUAGAAUGGUGAAAACCGGGCCGUCUACAGCUAAUCUUAGACUCAAGGCAAUGCCAGGUUUCAAAAAUGAUAAAACGUUUUCCAUAUCAGUAAAGGUAUCGGACAAUGAACCUCACCCGUUAUUUCACGGUAUAACAUUAGAGUUUAACUAUACUGUUGGUGAUCCGGACGAUUCGAAGGCAAAGGAAGGGGCAAGAUGCUUGACCUGCACAAGAGUUGGUAGAACGCUUAUUGUCGUAACAGCCAUUGAAGGAGUUAUUGCAAUUUUAUUUGUUCUCCAUAUUAUAUACGCCUGUGUCUUGUCAAAGCCUAAAAAGUGGAAACGAGUACACCCUUCCACUUCUAAAAACGCUAUGAGCUCAACAGUGAAGAAAUCAUUAGGUCAUGCAAGAACCAGAGUCAAAGCAGAAGAUGCUGUUAAAAUGAAUAGAUUCAGGAACAAUAAGGACAAAACUAAUCAUGAAGAAUCCGACAGUGGUACAGGUAGUUCCGAGUCUGAUAGUGACGAUGAUGACAGAAUGAGGCCGCAUCAUAAUAGGCAUAUGUCAAUUCGAGGAAGAAAUGGUUCACAGGCAACACAGCCAGAUGAAGUUCCUCCGCCACUUUUCCGAACGAGAACGAUGAGUGCUGGACAACGUUCUUUGGCGUCAAUAAGUGGCAUUGAGCCUGCAUUUUAUGUGUAGUUUAUUGCGUGAUUGAACUGGUUUCUUUUAAGGCUUGUUUUCUUUCUUUCUUUUUUGUUACUGAAACUGUUGAUGCCAUGUGUAGAUAAGGUAUAUAUGAAAUGACAUCAAUGUUGACACAUGAGCAAUUAUUAUUGCCAUUCAUUAUUAUUAUUAUGAUUUAUAAUUUAAGUUGUUAAAUGUUGUAAUUGUUGUUGUUGUUGUUGUUAUAUGUGUAUGCAUGAUUAAAAUAUGUUUUAACAUAAAUGUAAUUUUGAUUGAUUAGACAAUAUACCAAUUUAGAAAUGUU